AUGGCGGGCAUCUGGGAAACAACAGCCUUCACUUUUCGAGCAAUAAGCACUAAGCACCAACAAAGCAUCGGUGUCCUACUUGUGUUUCAGAUAUUCAUCCUCCUUGCCCCAGUUUGGGUUAAUGCAUAUGCCUACAUGACACUCGGCCGAAUGGUCCACUACUUCAUCCCCGACCAUUCCCUCCUCGGCAUGCCAGCCGUCACUUUAGCUGUCAUCUUUGUCGGUCUCGAUAUUGUGUCCUUUAUCAUUCAGCUCAUUGGUGGCAGCUUGGCCGGCCCUGGUUCGCCUCCGGAAGAGCAAUUGAAGGCUAUACACAUCUACAUGGGUGGUAUUGGUCUUCAAGAGUUCUUUAUCGUCAUUUUCAUCAUUCUCUGCAUUGCCUUUCAGCGCAAGAUGCACGAGAUUCGAGCUGAGAAGGGUAUCAAGGCCUUUGUCGCGUCAGACUGGGGCAAGCUUCUUUGCGCACUUUACUUUUCCCUCGCCAUGAUCUCUGUGCGCAUCAUUUAUCGUCUGAUCGAGUUCUCUGGUGGUGAGGGCCAGGACAAUCCUCUGGUGACACACGAGAUUUACUUUUAUAUCCUGGAAGCGGCGCCCAUGUUUCUGGCUUUGUUGUCGUUCAAUAUCGUUCAUCCUGGAAGAAUCAUGCAAGGUCCUCUCUCGGAUAUGCCUGAGUUGUUCUCAUUCAUCAAAGACAAGAUGCGGGGACGAAAGGGGAAGCAGUUGCUGGAUGAUCAGAGUGAUAGUAAUGUUGAGAUGGGCCAGCGCUAUGAACCGACCAGAACAUCUGGACCUUAUGUCGGUGAGCCAUCUAGAUAUGGUUGA